AUGGUUAAAUCCCAGGAUCAUUGGUGUUUCAACAAUGGUAACUACACAAGUAAUAGCACGUACAAGAAAAAUCUCGAUGCCCUCCUCAACGGUAUCACUUCUUUAAUUGAUCGCUCUGGAUUUUACAGUUCCUCAUAUGGAGAAAAUCCCGAUAGAGUAUAUACAAUGGCACUCUGUAGUGGAGGCUCUCAGUUUGAUUUUUGUCUUAGUUGUAUCAAGAAUGCUACGUAUUCCCUCUUACAACUCUGUCCUUACCAAAAACAGGCGAUCUAUUGGGGUUGGGCUAUUAAUUGCACGGUGCGCUACUCCAAUGAAUCAAUAUCUGGGAAACUUGCAACUCACCCCCGCAAUCACUGGUCUGUAGGAUUCGAAUCCCCAAAUCAGGAAGAGUUCAACAGGACUUUGAAAACAUUGUUGGAUAAUCUCCGCAGCAAGGCUGCUUAUGGUGGCGCUCUCAAGAACUUUGCAACUGCCAACGUGAUUGGUCCCAUGAGGGCCAUGCCACCUUAUGGACUAGUACAGAUGACACUUUAUGGACUAGUACAGUGCACUCCUGAUUUAAGUUCAGAUUAUUGUAUUGAUUGCUUAAUCCAGGCUUUUGAAAUUAUACCACAAUGUUGUAAUGGAAAACAAGGAGGCGGAGUAUAUUGCCCCAGCUGCUUUCUUCGCUACGAAACCUAUUUGUUUUAUACUGAUACUCCACUACCGGCGCCACCACCACCACUACCGGCACCACCACCACCGCUACCGGCACCACCAGGACUGGGAGAAAAUUUGUCUCUUACAUCAUGGUCUGCCGAUCACAAUUUCGCCUCAGGAAUUUUUACGCUAGAAUGGGAUCCAGCCAGACAUAGAUUGAUUGUUAAACGGCGACGGUUGGUUUAUUGGACCAGUGGGGACUUGAAAAAUUAUACGGACGAGAACUCGAGAUUGAAUGUCAAGGAAUUUGAGAAUAUAGUAGUCCCUCAACCCAAUAUUUUCAAUCUCAAUUACAAUUUCACCUAUGUUUCAAAUGGUGUGGAGGAUUACUUCAGCUACUCCCUUAUCAUAGACCCCAAGUUGACAUCUGAAAAUCGAAAUACUGUUUCUGGAUUGCGGCUGAAAUUUAACGGGGAUAUAUAUGAUAUGAAAAGUCUAAUGAUAGCACCAGGCAUUUCGCUAAUGGAGAUGGGAGCCAGCCAAUUGCAGAUGCUAAUGCAAGUCAUACUGAGAGUGACUGCAGAGACAACUGCUGGAAGGACUGUGAAUGUUUCUAAUUUUCUUAAUGAUCUUGAUUUGCAUUCUUAUGUUGAUGCUUUGGAUGAUCAUCUCAUAGGGAAAAUAAAGGAAGAAGAAUUACGUGAACCGAUGACCCUAGAGGAAGAUACUGAAACACAUACAGUUGAAAAUGAUGGGGGACAUGUUCAUCAUCUUAGACCGUUUACACAUUCGUCUAUCGUUAGAGCUACGGGCAACUUUUCUCCAACAAACAAACUGGGAGAGGGUGGUUUUGGCCCGGUUUAUAAGGUAUUUUGA